AUGUACGGGUGUGAGGCGUUUGGAAAAAUAGCUCCACAGUUUUACAACGAAUGCUUUGAAGCUUUGACAACUGGAUUCGUUGAUGGAGAAUAUAAGGAGGAGGAUGGUUUGUUACUGGAGGAGGGAAUUCGCUCACUGCAGGAUACACAAAGACGCCAAGACUGCACCAUCACUCUUACAGGGAAGCGAUGCCAUAAAGACGCUGACCAGCGCAAUGAUUUUAAGGUCAGGGACAGCGAUUGCAACCACAAGGUGCAGAUUACAAUGAAGGGAGAAUACUAUAAUGAGACACCAGACCGAGGUGACUCCAAAGAAGAUGAGGAAGAGGAGGUGAAAGAAAAUAGUGAAGAGAGGGAUGAGGAUGAAGAUGAUGAAGAAAGUGAGGAUGAGAGUGAUGAAGAAAGUGAAGAGGAUGGUUGGGAGGUUUGGGACAAGAGUUUGGAGAUGUAUGAUGAAGAGCUGGGAGAAGGCAUUGUCCCAGAUGCUCCAAUCAAGGGCCAUGCUUCAGCCGUUCCAGUCCAGGGUCUUCAUCAACCAUUGUAUGCCAAUCCUGCCCAAAAAGAGUAUGAAGAUGGCAACAGUAAAGAAAGAAAAGAGGAAGAGGGUAGAGAGGUGAGCACAUACAUGUACAAUGAAGCAGCAGCCUUGCGUUUUUUUCCAGAUCAGGGUCCGGCUCCAGCUUUCUAUCCCAAUCCAGCAUCAUAUCCUUCUACAGUUCAAGGUCAUGUUCCAGGCUUGUAUCCUUCUACAGGUCAAGGUCAUGUACCAGGCUUGUAUCCUUCUACAGGUCAAGGUCAUGUUCCAGGCUUAUAUCCUCCUACAGUUCAAGGUCAUGUUCCAGGCUUGUAUCCUCCUACAGUUCAAGGUCAUGCUCCAGGCUUGUAUCCUCCUACAGUUCAAGGUCAUGUUCCAGGCUUGUAUCCUCCUACAGUUCAAGAUCGUAUUUCAGCCUUGUAUCCUCCUACAGUUCAAGAUUGUAUUUCAGCCUUGUAUCCUCCUACAGUUAAAGGUCAUGUCCCAGCUUCAUAUCCCAAUCCAGCCCAGGAUCAUGCUCCAACAUUGCCUCCUGAAGAGAUUAACUAAUCUUUUCUUUUUUUAGCAUUUUCUUUCUUUCAGGUGGUGUUUAGAUGAAAACGAUGCAAAAGAUUUUUCUGCAUUUGACCCUGUCAAUUAGACG